CCGCAGCCUUGCGUCAAAUCCGGCUAAAAGCUAAACUGACGUGUGGAGAUCCACGUAAGGAGGGGUUAUUUUGGGCGUCCACAUGUUGGGAUUCCGUCGGCUUUUUGUCAGAACCUGCCCGCUCAGACAGAGCGGGCAACCUGAUGGCGAUCCAGAGUUUUUGGAUCCACAGCCGUUCAAUGGAUUUGAUACUGAUAACAAGUUUCCCGGAGGGGGCGAUAACUACCUGACCAUCUCUGGGUCCGGCCAUCCCUUCCUGGCGCCCUCGGAGACCUUCCACACGCCCAGUCUUGGCGAUGAAGAGUUCGAGAUCCCACCCAUCUCGCUGGACCCGGAUUCGUCCCUCACCGUUUCUGACGUUGUGUCUCAUUUCGGGGAGAUGUCGGACGCGAGCCCUUCCGACAGCGUGGCGGUUCCCGGGAACGCCGUGGUGGAAGGCGACGACCCCUCCUUCGCCUCUACUUUUGUUCAUCCCCCGUCUCAAGGUCUGGAGCACCUGAGUUUGGGGGUCAUCAAUCAGUCCGGAGGCGCCUUGCUGGGUUCAUCCCUGGGAAUGGAUUUGGGUCAUCCCAUAGGAUCGCAGUUUAGCGGCUCGUCCCCGGUCGCCAUCGAUGUCCCCCUGGGGGACAUGACCCAAGGACUGCUGGGCUCCAACGUACUGACCACCAUCGAUCAGUCGGAGCUUAGCGCUCAACUGGGUCUCGGGUUGGGGGCCGGGAAUAUUCUGCAGCGGCCGCAGUCGCCGGAGCGCCCGCUGUCGGCCGCGGCGUCACCCACGAACUCUCUGCAUGACGAUGACGUGGACGACUUCCGAAGGAGCAUCCUGGUGGAGUCCCCAGUCUCUCAGACCUACUGUUCCGGCGUCAUCUCUUUGGACUCUGCCGUGGCGCCGCCGUCCGGUCCCAGCGCGGGCACCUCGGCGGGAACCGCCCGGAAAGGAGCGGGCGGCCGGGGUGGCAAGUCGAACAAGAAGAAGGAAGACCCCGGCGAACCGCAGAAGCCUGUCCCGGCAUACGCGCUAUUCUUCAGGGAUACUCAAGCAGCUAUCAAGGGACAAAACCCCAAAGCCACGAUUGGAGAAGUCUCCAAGAUUGUGGCAUCCAUGUGGGACAGCCUCGGAAAGGAGCAAAAACAGGUUUACAAGAGGAAAAACGAGAUAGCCAAGAAGGAUUACUCAAGAGCACUUGCAGAGUACAAAGCCACUCUAAACAAUCAGGUCCCCAUCCAAGUGUUGGACUCGGCGCCGUCGCCGCCUUCACCCGCGCCGCCGCCGGCUCGCCUUACCAGGGCUCAACAGUACAACCCGGAGGAGAACACCAUCACCAACAUCUGCACCUCCAACAUCAUCUUGGACCUGCCUCAGGUCACCACGCGUUCCCGCACGGGCGCCAUCAGACCGCAACCCGCACCCGAAUCCAACCCGCCCACAGUCGCCAAGAUCAUCAUCAAGCAGACGCAGCUGCCCUCCGGCGGCGUGUCGGUCACGGCCGUGCCGGCUCCGUCGGCGCGACAGCCGCCGCCGCUUCAGCAGAUGCAGAGCACGCCGCCGCCGCCCAGGCUUCAGCAGAUGGUGCACGCCCAAGCCCCGCCGCCCCUGCAGGCCAAGCCUCGGGGAGGCGGCGCCGCGGUGUCCGCAGCCCCGCCGCCUCUUCAGAUCAAGGCGGUCCCGUCGGCGCGCCAGCUCGAUCCCGUGGAUACGUCAGAUGCGGGGGAAGUGAUGGAGACAGAAGAAGGGAUGGAGGUGGAGGUGAAAGUGGCUCCCGGGCCUGGCGUCGCGCCCGUCGCCGGCCCGAACAUAUGCGUGCGCAACGGUUGCACCAACCCGGCGGUGGACAGCAAAGACUGGGAUAAAGAGUACUGCAGUAACGAGUGUGUCGCUACACAUUGCCGGGACGUGUUCACGGCCUGGUGCGCCAUCCGAGGACAGAACUCCACCACGGUCACCUAGCGGAGACACCCCAGUGACUGAUCCAUCAGUUUAUUUUUUCAGCGCUUAUCCUGUCGGGGCUUAUCAGGGAGCUGGAAUCUGCCUCAGCUCAACGUGAAAAGUGGACUACAACCUGGAUUGGUCGCCAUUUUAUCGCAGGGCACACAGAAACAAACAUUGAAACCUACAGAGACUAAGGACGAGUCACUGACUGGACUUGAAUUGACUUUAGACUUGGACCUAACUGAGCGUAAGCCAGAUGAGGCUCAGUUCGGAAUCGAGACGCAGCUACGGGCUUUGGGUUUUUUAGUUCUUUCCGAAUAUUUGACUGUACUUUUGUACGCCAUCCAGGAUGAAGGUGUUUCCAGCAAAGCCUUCGUUCGUAUCAGUCAAGUCGUCCGGGUGGUCGAGUUUGUCGAUUGUGUCUGUAGGCGACCGCUCAAAGGCAGCUUGGGGAUAAAAAAACUCACCCGGUCGCCACGUGUCCAAGCUAGCUUACGGGAUAAAACGACACUUGGGGAAAACUGGUGCUCAGAUUCUAGAAAACAACCCAUUUUCUGUCUUCUCGCUUGAAUUGUUGUCGUUAUUACCUGUGAUGCGUAUUGAGUGUCUCGUCGAACAUCUGAGGUGAACACUGCAAGUGGAAAAAGACAUGCUGUCCAUGCUACUGAAAAAUGACUGAGAAUAAAAUGUUUUGCGUUUUAUUACGUUGGUUUUUUUAAUGUCUGGGACCUGGCGAAUGACACCCGUGCAUGUCAAAAUUUUGCCUAUUUCAGUAACUUGUAAUCAUUUUUGGAAACAAUUCACCAAAACAACAUGCUAAUUAUUAAUAAUAUAAAUAUAAGUUUUAGUGACUUGUCAAGUGUUUUAUGGUUUCAUUGUCAUAAUUAAAAUCAUUUGGGUGACUCGUUUUAGACUC